UAGUGAGCGAGAAGUAUUUUGAAUAGAGUUGCUGUGUAGUUGGGGUUGUGGGAUUUAGAGUGGGUGGGACAGGCAGGAGGGUGCAGAAUCUGGUUCAACUGGUCUGAAGGAAUUGCUCGGGGCUGUUACUCUAGGAGAGAAAAGGCUUCUCCAGCAGACUAGUGCCACUGGGUUCUCUGGGGAGAAGAACUUCAGGCUAUAGGAAAUCUGGGUCUCCUGACAAGAAUUUGGUCAAGUUAUCUGCUCCCUGGACUGCAGAUCUACGGUUUAGACAAUGAGGGGACUUUACCUGCUGGUUUUCAUUGUGCUUGUGGUUAUUGCAUCCUGCAACAGCUACAAAAGUCAAAGAGCCCGGCAAAAGAAAAGCAUUGCAAGAAGGAGCCUCAAUCAGGCAGAGAGCCUCAGGCCACUACGACGCACAAAAAGAAGAUGGGUGCUAAGUACCAUAGUCUUAGAAGAGAACGAUGUUGGGCCCUUCCCAAAAAUUGCAGGAGAGCUGUUCAAUGAUCAAGCAGCCAACAUGAGCAUUAAAUAUCUAAUCAGCGGCCCUGGCGUGGAUGAAUUUCCAGAGGUUGGCUUAUUCACUAUCGACGAUCUCAAUGGCGUUGUCUACGUUCACCGCUCAAUUGAUAGGGAGAAGACACCUCUCUUUGUGGUGCGCUUUGACGUUGCUGAAAGAGUAUCUGGAAAGAUAGUGGAUAGAUCCCUCAUUUUUAAUGUUGAAAUUAAGGAUAAAAAUGAUAAUGCGCCUGAGUUCACUCAAAAGGAGUAUAAUAUUCCGUUGAAGGAAACUUUUAAUCUAGAGAACCCAGUUUUUCAAGUUAUUGCAUUGGACAAAGAUUUAGAGGACACUCCAAAUUCUGAAGUGACCUAUUCUGUGGUUUCCCAAAUACCCUCACUUCCUGAUGUCUCAUUUACUGUUGAUUCCAAGAGUGGACUGAUCCGUGGAAAUGGUUGUCUGAAAUAUGAGGCAGCUAAUCUGAUCAGGCUGUUAAUACGCGCUCAGGAUAAGGGGCCAGAUCCAAUGUCUUCCACUGCUACUGUUGUCAUAAAGGUUGAAGAUGGGAACAACAACAUGCCGGAGAUAGCCAAGGGAGACUAUGACUUGAAAAUCCCUGAAGGAGAACUGAAGAACAACAUCUUACGAAUAAAAGUAGAGGACAAAGAUUUGACAAAAACGCCAGCCUGGAGAGCUAAAUUUAAGAUACUCUCUGGAAAUGAGAGAGGUUACUAUAACAUUUCAACUGAUCCAGACACAAAUGAGGGGAUUUUGGACAUUAUAAAGCCAUUAGAUUUUGAGGGGACUCCCAAGAAGCAAAUAGUCAUCUCUGUUGAAAAUGAAGAACCUCUGUCUUCAUGUCAGAAUGGCAAGGUCAAGGUGGAGAAGUCAUCCAAUCAGAACAACCUGACUAUUAAUGUAUCUGUUUUGGAUACUAAUGAUGCUCCGAUCUUUACUCCUAUACGUCCAGUCAUUCGUGAGAAAGAGGGGCUGAAGGCAGGAUCAGUACUGCUUAAAGUUAAUGCAACAGAUCCGGAUUUGGUCCCAAACAAGAUAAGGUACAAGAUUGCAUCUGAUCCUGCAGGAUGGGUAACCAUCGAUGAAAACACUGGGGUGAUAACCACUGUGCAAGAACUUGACAGAGAGUCUCCUUAUGUUAACCAGACUUUGUACCCCAUUGUAGUCCAUGCUAUCGAUAAUGGUGACCCUCCUCAGACAGGCAGUGGCACGGUGCUCCUCUAUGUUUCUGAUGUCAAUGAUAAUACACCAAGACUGGCCUCACCUUAUUUAGAAAGAUGUGAUCAAGUAAAAGACAUGACCUUCCCCAUCAAUGCUGAAGACAAAGAUUUGGAUCCAUUCUCAGGACCAUUCAAAUUUGAAAUAUCAGAUGAUUCCAAAAUGGUACAAGACAGCUGGAGAAUUUCAAGAAGUACUGGGAAUUCUGGUGAGCUUACGUUGCUUAAAAGCCUCCCAAAAGGAAAUUACUCUGUGCCAUUAAAAAUUUAUGACCGACAGGGAUAUUCAGGCAGUCAGACCCUAAAUGUUCGCGUGUGCUCCUGUCCAGAUGGGAAGACGUGUGAGAAGUUACAACCAGCAGCACAAUUUUUGGGCGGUGGCGCCAUUGGAGUUAUGUUUGCAGCUCUGUUUUUAUUUUUGUUGGGAUUAUGUUUGCUAAUGUGUUUUGUCUGUGGUUCUGCAAGCAUUAAAAACAAUGGACUUCUACCUAACGAUGAAGGAAACCAGACACUGAUCAAAUACAAUGAAGAAGGAGGAAGUGCAUUGAAUCAGGCAAGUCCAGCUUUAUUAUCACCGGUAUCUGCUGGAAAUGGAAACACCCAGUUUAUAAACAAGGAUAUAGGAAAACCGUCUCCUUCUGUCAUAUCACAAAGGGCACAACUUGAAUCCUGGGAAAGGAAUGGUGCUGGAAUGUCCCCCUCUGGUGCCAAACAACAAGUUCAGAGUGAAAGCUGGAUGCGGGGAGUUCAAGCAAACCAAGGACAUAAUGGAACAUGGAAGCAGGGUUCAUUGCAAUCCCAGGCAAAUAAAAACGUCUUCAUAACUAACAGCAAAUAUUCAAGAAAUGGAUCUUUAAAGAAUAAAUCACCCGAUGUCUUUGUAGACAAAGUUGGAGAAAUGGUGAAAAAUAGACUGCGGGAAAUAUGUGGAGAGGACGAUGCACCUUUGUACAAGCCUCGAGUCUAUGCAUACGAAGGGGAAUUAGAAAGAAUUAACUCUGUGGGUGAACUCUCUGUUCCGGAGAGUGAAUCAGACCUGGGAUUUUUGGAUGAUUUGGACCCAAAGUUUGGAAGAUUGAUGGAAAUCUGUUAUAAUUGAUGACAACCGCUAUUUUUGUUUUUCUUGCUGCUUUCAGGGAAGGGCUCUGCCAUUGCACUACAACAUGUGGGGUAAAAUGGUAAAUGUCAGUGCACUUACCAGUCUGAAAUGAAAAGUCUGAUAAUACCUAGAUACCUCAUUUUAUUAGUGCCUGCCUCUUGUGUGUAGUGGUGAGAGGGUCAGUGCCAUUGCACACACACAGUUUUAUAUGUAUAUAGUUACUCAACAGUAUUGAUAUUACAAUACAUAUAUGUACAAUAAGAAGCUUGUGAAUGUUUGGCUUUGCUACAUAGGCUCUGUUCUGUUUUAUAAUUACAAUUCACUUGUAUAGUUCUUGUGGUUUUCAUGUGAAAGUUCAAAUGCUUGUGCACAACAAUUAUAUUAAUUUUAUAUUCCUGUUUUGUUUAUAAUAUGGUAAUAUGAAUGUAUUAUUUUAAAAAUUUGGUGGUGGAAGUUGAUUGGAUAAUCAAACUUGGCUACUGACUGAGCCCUCUGGUAAGCAAGAGGCAAAAAAAAAUAUGAAAUAACAUCUUAAAGGGACAUUAAACACGUGAGAUUGUUACUCUAGUUGUUUAAUUAUAACUGUCCCUAACUGUUCCUAGUAGAGGAAACACAAUAAGAUAACAGGUUUUUAAACGUUGAGGAACCAAUGUUAGUUUAUGAAACUAAAUUUUUACACUUAUUUUUUUUUUCAACAUUAAAACACAAAUAUAAUUUUUAAAAAAAUACAUCAGAAUUUAUUUCACUUAAAUUGGGGAUUGUCAUGCAGAAACAGGAUUAAGUCUUUAUUUGCAAUUAAAGCCAUGUGCAUGUGCUAAUUUCAUGGAAAACAAAGUUUCCUGAGCAGUUCAAGAAUAUUUUGGCUUCUGCAGCGUUUGGUUUAGAACAACUAAUUUUAAUAAAUUUUUUGUGAGGACAGUUCGAUAUAUUUUCCCCCCCAUACAUUAACCCCAACAGGUCAUAAAGCUGCCUCAAUCUGAGUUUGAUCUGACAGCAUUUUUGAUGUGGGCUUUUGCUUUAAAAGCUGAUACUAAGUGCACAUACGUGAUGGUACAGUAAGUGCACAUACAUGAUACUACACUAAGUGCACAUACGUGAUACUACACUAAGUGCACAUACGUGAUACUACACUAAGUGCACAUACGUGAUACUACACUAAGUGCACAUACGUGAUACUACACUAAGUGCACAUACGUGAUACUACACUAAGUGCACAUACGUGAUACUACACUAAGUGCACAUACGUGAUACUACACUAAGUGCACAUACGUGAUGGUACACUAAGUGCACAUACGUGAUACUACACUAAGUUCACAUACGUGAUACUACACUAAGUACACAUACGUGAUACUACACUAAGUGCACAUACGUGAUACUACACUAAGUGCACAUACGUGAUACUACACUAAGUGCACAUACAUGAUACUACACUAAGUGCACAUACGUGAUGGUACACUAAGUGCACAUACGUGAUACUACACUAAGUUCACAUACGUGAUACUACACUAAGUGCACAUACGUGAUACUACACUAAGUGCACAUACGUGAUACUACACUAAGUGCACACACGUGAUGGUACACUAAGUGCACACACGUGAUGGUACACUAAGUGGACAUACAUGAUGGUACACUAAGUGGGCUUUUGCUUUAAAAGCUGAUACUAAGUGCACAUACGUGAUGGUACAGUAAGUGCACAUACGUGAUGGUACACUAAGUACACAUACGUGAUGGUACAGUUUGUAAGGUUAAUUUUAUCUGUAGUGUAGAAAUUACCCUCACAACCCCGAUCCCUCCUAAACAGCUCUCUUCCCUCCCUCUCCCCCCACUGGUCACCACCAUCUUAGGUACUGGCAGACAGUCUUCGAGUAUGCAGCUUUAGGGUUUUUUUAUAGCUCCCUGAUCCAACUCUCUCACUAGAAGCCUCCAUCUUAGGUAGUGGCAACUGUCUGUCAGUACACAGUUUGCAUUUUUUUUUUUAAAUGUUUUUACAUUUUUUAUUGAUAAAAUAAAUUGCUUGUAGUGCAGCGGUUCUACCUCCCCCGUUUCUGUAGAGUAAUGGCCUGUCCCUCACCAACAUUGUUUUUUUUUCUGUAGCAUAGGGAACCGUCCCCCCACCCGGGAUGUGCCGCCUACCUUCCUUCCCUCACACACCAACCACAGCACCACCGCAAGCCGAUACAGACAGUGACACUGUCUGUAUCAGGGAUCUGCCUUCAUAUUGUAAAGGAAAAAUGAUCAUCUCUUCCCUACCAUAUGAAGGCAGAUGCCUUCUGCCUCUGGCUGCAGUCUUCGCUGUCAGCUUUGAUCCAAAAGGUCAGCCGUAGGUACUACAUCAACAGGGUAUGUUGUGCUAGGUAGUAGUAGUACCUAUGUCCAGUAGGCAUUAAGUAGAUUGGGAAAAAUAAUAGAACACCUUAUAAAAACUAAUCCAUGUCAUUAUGUAGUAGUGUUAGUGUAAGCAGUAUGUACUGAAUAAGACUAUGAUUAAAAGGUCUGAUCAAUAACAACAGAGAUACCCAAAUUAUGUUUUUGAUUUGUUUUGUUUUUUAAUUUGUUGAUUAGUUUUGCUCUAUUCUGAUUUUUUUUUUGCACCUUUGUGUGCCUCCUAAGUGAGGAAUAUAAUAAAAUUGGAAGUUAAUGCCAAAUAAUAUAAAAGUUAUUUUCUUUAAAUUCUGCAUGGAUUGGAUUUCUGAGUAUCUCUAAAUAUGUUAGGAUUACCCUAAACAAUAACAGAAGCACAUUAAGUAUGUCAAAUCCUAGAAAGAUACAGCUAACAAUCUCAAGCAACAGCUUAAGCACAACAUUAAUGCAGUGUAAUAAAUCCUAUUGAUUUAAGUUGGUAGCAUCUCUGAGGUUUUGUUUUGUACCAAAAUGCUGGUGUGUGUUCAGUAGAAUUUCCUACCAAUGCCUUGUGUUCAUGGCUGUUGUAAACUCAUACCUCCUGCGUCCUGCAAGAUUGUCAUGGGUUGUGAGGUAUGACCCACAUUUUGCAUGCAGACCUUUGCUGUCCUGGUUUUAAGAGACUGAUUGAGCCUCAACCAAACUCAUCCAAGACGCGCCCACAAACCUCUGGACACACCCAAAGACAACCCAUAAACCAAUCUGUCCAUCUGUAGCCAUUCCCCAUCCACAAAUUUCCAGUGGGCCAUUGCCCUCAAGCUUUUAACUUCUUACAUCCCGGAAAUAAUCUGGCAGAUGUUGAGAGAGAUAUAAACUAGUGAUAACAAGUAUAUCUAUUGAAGUCUAUGGAGUUGUUUUAUGGCACCACUAGUUUUAUGUCUCUCAAAGUACGAAUGUGCAGUCAUUAUUUACUAAAGUCAAUCAAGUAUAUAUGUUCAGACCGCUUCUUCCAAACCUAUAUGCCAGAUCUCAGUUUGUGCUUUGCAAUCCACCCGGAUUUAUCUGACCGGGGUGAUUAACAGCCCCUGCUCGCAGUGUUACACGAGCUGCCAAUUGUGCAAUUAUAUAUGCAAGUAGUGUAUUGCUGCCCACUAGAGGUGAUGCCAAGUGAACAGGUUCGUAGUUGUCCGCCCUUGUCGACCCAACAUUUCUUAAAUUUAACUCUGUGUUAAACCCCUGAAAAAGUUUUAAAAUCUGCUCUGUACCAGUAAUGCACUAAUGGUACAGACCUAAACAUGACAUUGGAAUGCACCUAUGCUUUCAAUAUGGAAAAACUCUAAAAACACUGUUUUAACCCAGCGUGUUACACUGAGUAAAAUCUUUCACAGCAGAGACUGAUUUCUUUCUUUUCCAAACAGCUCUAGGCUCAGUCUACUGAGAGGUUGCUGAAGGAUUUGUUCACUAUUUUUUUAGUUUAAUUGAAACAAAUCCAUAAUAAGUUUAUACAAUUUAAUUGGAAGUUCUUAGAAGGAUAUACAACCCAAACUUUUUCUUUCAUGUUUCAGAUAACGCAUGUAAUUUUAAGCAAUUUUCUAAUUUACUCCUAUUAUCAAUUUUUCUUUGUUCUCUCGAUAUCUUUAUUUGAAAAUGCAGGAAUGUAAGCUUAGAAGCCGACCCAUUUUUGGGUCAGAACCCUGGGUAGCAUUUGCUGAUUGGUCGCUACAUUUAGCCGCCAAUGAGCAAGCGCUACCCAGGUGCUGAACAAAAAAUGGGCUGGCUCCUAAACUUACAUUCCUGCUUUUCAAAUAAAGAUAGCAAGAGAACGAAGAAAAAAUUUGGGUUUCAUAUCUCUAUAAAUGUAGCUAUGACCCAUAUAUUCUGUAUAUAUUGACUUUUAUCCUACGGAUGUAAUAUUUUUGAUAAAUGAAACAUUAAUCAGAGACAUGUACAAAUAUACAAAUGUAUACAACAACCAUUAAAAGAAGCUUUCCAGUAUAAAAUGAAUAGAAACAAAUCCGAAACUGGGGCUUAUUAUGGUUGUUAUAUAUGUGGUCUUUAUUUUUUGUUUAAAAGGAUAUAAAAAGAGCAAAAGGAAGAUUCUCUAAUGUGUUAAAGCAUUUUAUUGCUGCACUGUUGCGAACAAAUAACUGUUUAACCUCUGCAAAUGGGGUUAAACACAUAGUCAAAAUCAGCUCACAUCUGGUGAACCAUUGACAGGAAACUAAUGUGUGUAACCCUUGUUUUAAUCUGACAUUAAAUUUAGUAGUAUUUAAGCAGAGGCAUAAAAAUAUAUAGAUUUUCACUGUAUUUAAUAUAGGAUGGACUUAAUACUUUUUUCUCCUAGUUAGUUACUUUUUAUUAUUGAGAAAAUGAAUAAAUAUGGCAUAUCCAGUUGUAGUCUUAAAGGGAAGGGUACGGCGAGUUUUAGAAAUAAAAAUGUUAUAUAAUGUACAUAAAACACAAAGCAUUCCCAUUUGGCUAUUCUGUUAAUUAGACUUUCAUUGAGAACCUAAAUUGUUAUUUUUGUUAUUGGUUUCUGUAUUUUUAAAUAAAGUGCCUUGUUUGAUAAAAGAAAA